UAAACGUUAAGCUGCUGUCAUCCUGUUAAAUAACUCCGGGUUAAGCAACGUAUAGGUCAUGUUUGUGAAAAGUUGUGAUGUUAUGUAAAAUACCUUUCUAAACUCAUUUAAGUCACUUUAACCUCACUGAGUGAUUGAACGCCCUGCCAUUACCCGUUUUCCUUGCUAGGAACUACUGCAAUCUAGCUAAUUAAGCACAGAUAGAAGCUGUACUGUUUACAAGUUAACGUUACACUUUCUUUUUGUUAAAAGUGCUUUACGUUACUGUCAGAUGACUUAAACAUAUAGGGGACUGGGACGUUGGUAGAAAAACUGACCAUCUUACGUCUGAAGGGCUGAAUUCAAUUUUGCUCUGUCUUGAGGUUACUUAUGGCUACCCUUAGCAGACGUUUAGCAACUUUGUUUCGCUCAUGUGGUAUAUGCCCUCAGCGACAUCUUCCUAGCGGCAUACACGCUCGGUGGCUUCCAUCCGGGAAAGGCUUUCACACAACCACGACUGGAAAUUCAUACGAUGUAAGGAAAGUUGAGUUGACACCUUUGGAACAGAGAAAAUUAACCUUCGAUACUCAUGCACUGGUGAAGGAACUUGAAAGUAAAGGGUUUGCAAAGGAUCAAGCAGAAGUCGUCGUGGGAACUCUGGUGACUUUGACCACAGCCAACAUGGACAUUGUUUACAGAGAUAUGGUCACCACAGCGCAUCAGGAAAUUGCCCUGCAGCAGAUCAUGGCUCACCUGGACUCCAUAAGGAAAGACAUGGUGAUAUUGGAGAAGAGUGAAUUUUCUAACCUGCGCUCUGAAAACGCGAAAAUGAAAACAGAACUUGAACAAAUCAAGACUAGACUAAUGGAGGAAAGCCAGAAGAUCCGAGCCGACUCCAAACUGGAUAUCAACUUGGAGCGAAGCCGAGUGUCAGACAUGUUUACAGACCAGGAGAGGAAGCUCAUGGAAGUCGGAGCUGAGUUUCAGAAGAAGAACUCCGAUAUUGACCGCAGCACCAUGGAAACCACCAAGAAAAUUGACAUUGAAGUGGCGUCUCUGAAGACGCUGCUGGAGUCGCUCAAGUUGGACACGAUUCGCUACCUUGCAGGUAAGAGAUGGGAACGAUAUGGAAGGUAGUAUAAUGAUGUCAGUGAUUAGGACUCUCUCUCUGCUCCGGAGCUUUUAGAUUCUUCCAGCUUCUAUCCACCACAAAGUUCCUUUACACUUUGACUAGUAUUUAAAACGUCUGCUUUCUCAUCCUCUGGUAAUAGUGUCGAUUGAUUAAAAAUGAAUUCCUUCUGCACUGCAGCUUGACUGUUACUCCUCAUGUAAGAUGCUCCGUGUCUGCUAAAUGAAAAUGUGUAAAUGGCCUAUAAAAUGGAUAAACGUGUCUGCUAAAUGAAUAUGUGUAAAUGGCCUAUAAAAUGGAUAAACGUGUCUGCUAAAUGAAUAUGUUUUUGU